AUGGAUCAAACAGCUCUUUCACAAGUUUUACAAAACUUUCUCGUCCUUCAUCAGCCAGACUCUAUCGCUCACAGCUCUGAUCUGUUAUCGGCUGCCAUCUCAAGCGCACUGGCCGAUAUAGCCCAAGAAACCAGUACAAAUACUACAGAUACCGCCUCCGCCGCGGCUUUAAAAUGUCAAAUCGGCAAUGACUUUAAUGGCCAUAUGAGUCUGCGUAUUUCCUCGAUAUUUGUGAUUCUCGUUGCAGGCUCAUUCGGUGCUCUAUUCCCAGUCAUCUCUUCCAACUCUAGGCAUGUCAAUAUUCAUCCAAUCUUCUUCUUUGUGGCAAAGUACUUUGGAUCGGGCGUUAUUGUAGCCACAGCACUGAUCCACCUCCUACAGCCAGGAAGCAUCGCUCUUUCUAACCCAUGCUUGGGUCCAUCAUGGCUGAUUUACCCUUAUGCAUACGGUAUUGCUUUGGUUUCGCUGUUUGCAACUUUUCUCGUUGAGCUACUUUCGCGAAGGUAUCUAGAAAAAAGAGGCAUUACUCAUUCCCACGGAGACUCUGGGUUUGAACACCAUCAUGAUCAAAAUCAAAAUCAGGAUUUUAGUAACCAUACCCAUCCAUUACCAGAAGAUGACCAUGCACACAAUCAUCCAGAGCAUCAUCAUCAUCAGCAUAUUGUAGAUUUGGAAGGCCAGGAAGGUCACAUCCAUACACACUCAGAUUUUCGAAAUAACAAUAAUGGCCGGCAUUUCCCUGUGGAUGAUCGGAUACUGAAUUCCUCACUUAGCAACUGCAAAGACGACCACAACGAAGAAAUAUUUCCCUGUGAUUACUCCUCUCGGUCUUUAUCAACUACCAGCAAUCUCUCUGGAGGAGUCGUCGAGAUAGCUAAUAACGCCAGCCCUAACUCUGCAGUGGCUAUUUCACCAGAACAAGAUGCUGCACAAGAACGAGCCAAAGAGCGCGGGUUGGCAAUGCAGUUAGGCUCGAUCUUCAUUCUUGAGUUUGGCAUUCUUUUCCACUCGAUUUUUAUCGGUCUUUCUCUUGCGGUUUCCGGGAAUGAGUUCACUUCGCUGUACAUUGUUCUUGUGUUCCACCAGUUGUUUGAAGGUCUUGGUCUCGGUACAAGAAUUGCACUUGCACCUUGGCCCCAUAAAAAGUGGUGGCUACCGUGGGCACUCUGCGUUGCAUUUGGGCUUACAACACCGAUUGCUAUUGCGAUCGGAUUGGGAGUGCGUAACUCGUAUCCACCAGGAAGUUAUCAUGCCCUGGUGAUUAACGGUGUUUUUGAUUCCAUUUCUGCGGGUAUUCUACUUUAUGUGGGACUCGUGGAACUCAUUGGCAGUGAAUUUAUGCAUAAUGAGGAAGUCCAGCACGCCAGUACCGGUAAGGUUCUUUUUGCCUAUGGCUGCAUGUGCACUGGCGCUGCUCUCAUGGCACUUCUUGCCCUUUGGAUUUGA